GCCGUUUCUUUUUUUUUUUUUCCUUUUUUUUUUUAUGAAAAGGGCGACGGCCUUCAUCAUUAAGCUGACCAGCCCCAGGCAAUUGAGAAAUAGUUGGUUUUACAAGUUUACUCAUCAAGUUCCAUCAUCUGGAUUUGAACACGGGUCUGGAUUUUCAACAGUUCAUGGGUGUGGUCCCCACUGAGCUAUUACGAGGAGGACGUCUGCUUGGAUGCCACGUGGCAAGAGGAGGACGUCUGCUUGCAUGCCACGUGGCAGGAGGACGUCUGCUUGCGUGCCACGUGGCAUGCGAUUUCCCUCGUCGCGACGGGCAGGGUCUGAGGUGUAGAAGCCGACUCAGAAGAGAGCGCUGCCUCGACUGUCUUCUUCGUCGUGGUCCUCUGCGAUCCCGACAUUGUCUACGUGGCAUCUUCUCCGUCUGCAAGGCGGGGCUGAAAGAUGAUGACGAUCCUCAACGGGGCGAUGAUCAUCAGGAUAACGACAAGGGUGAGGAUAAGGGUAAUAAUAAUAAUGAGGAUGGGAAAAGUGAGGACCGAGAAUUGCCACGUGGCGAUACCUCAGGCAGAUCUCUGCCUCAGCUCUGUCGAUUAGUAGAAAGGGCCUUCUUUGAGGUGUGUGUGCAAAAUCUUGGGCGACCGGCAGGAAUGGCGUUGUAUGAUUUCACUGUUGCCACAUCGGAGGCUUUUUUCAAGGGAUUCACAAGAGACCAAUUAGCGCUUGAGCUGAGGUUUGGGUCUCACCACAUGGAUGGCUACGGAGUGCAAGCUGCAGGCUACCGGCUGACAUCAUCGGAGGAGAGGUACCGCUCCCAGUGGAUAGACACGAUCUAUGUGACACUUCAUAUGAUGAAGGUUGUUGAGCCUGAAGAAGCAUCAAAUACUCCGGACAUGGGAGAUGAGUGGCUCAGAAAUAUUGUACAUCGGGUUUUGGAGGGACAGAGGACAGGAGAAGAGCAGACCGCUGUGAAGUUUGAUCGUGCGCUGGCAACUGCGGGGGCUUCAGGAGGGGCAGCUGCUCAGAAGAAAGUGAUUGCACCGCAGUGGGUUCCCGUCAGUCAGAUCGUUCUUCUCACAAUGAAGGUGGUUGCUGAGGCCCAGGCAAGGCAUGAACUGUAGUAAAGGCACUGUGCCAAAGCACAAGUUUGCUGGAGGAAGCUAUCUAAAAGUCCACCACACGGGGCGCGGCAGUUACAGUACGUAAAUCACAGUCAUCAGAGAGGAACCGACAGGCCAUGGCACAGGAAAUUGCGAAGUAUGCAAGAUGGAGGAAAUUGCAAAGUAUGCAAGAUGGACUCUGCUGGAGUGAGUCAGUUUGUUGAGCUUUGCAAGCUGCUUUCCCUAACACCAGUUUUUUUUUUCUGGAGGAAGCUGUUCUAUUUACUGUGGAGCGCACAGUGAGCAGGAGUUGCAGCACAGUAAUGACAGUCAUCAGAGAUCCGGGGUUGGUUGAUAUGACCCCCGCCCCCCCCCUGGUGACCCCAAUCUAUUGGUUAUGGGCCUUAUGGCAAAAUGAGAGAGUUCCAAGCAGGCCUGUGCUGUGAACAUAUUAGCAAUUUAGCAUAGAAUAGCGUGAUAGGACUC